CGAGCCGAGAAGACGCGGAGAUCAGACGUUUAAAGACAAAGUUUCGUUUUAAGAGGAAAGGUGAAAACAGCGAAGCGAGACGCCAGAGGAGCUCUUGUCUCUUCCGGCUUCCCUGUUGUCUUUGAUGGACGCUGCCUCUCUCUCUCUUCUUCGUUUUUUCUGCUUUUUUCCGUUUUUUUCUUUUUCGCUCUCCUCUCCCUUCACUGAGCGGACUUCUUUGGGGUCGGAAAGAAGACGAGAGCGCGACAUCUGCUUCUCGGAGAGAGACACUCUCUUCUCCGAUUCUUCUGCCGAGUAGAACAAAUCAUCCCCGCCCCCUUCCUACAAUGGUACCCUCUCUGUUUCUUCGUUCUCAUCUCCACGUUCGUCCUCCGAGGAAGAAAACGCGGUGGACAGCCGACUCGACUGGGUUCUUGAUCUCUCUGUUUUUCCUUGUUGCGGGAUCUCCUCAGGUUCUGUCCCUGCAGCUUUCAUCCUCCAGUGCUUCUCGUCUUCCCUCUCACUUCCGUCUCCCGUCGUUUUCGCUCUUGCCCGCUCUGCCUUCUUCUCGUUCUUCUCCUCUUUCUUCUCGUUCUCCUCCUCUUCCUUCUUGUCUCUCGUCUUCCUCUCGUCUCUUUUCAGUGCGGCCUUCAGCUGCUGCUGCUGCCGUGCCUGCACCUCCUGAUGCGUCUGCCUCUCCCUUGCCUGUGGUCGCGGAGCUCGGAGGACAGACCCUGCCGUCUACUCACUCGCUGCGAUCCUUUCUGCGGUCCACGAUUUCUGCUUCUUCGGCGUUUGUCUCCUCGGCGACUCGACAGUCAACGACUGGAGAAUUCACAAGCCGCGGAGCAAUGGCCUCUUCGAGGGCGUGUGCACCCCAGGUGGAGGGAAAGAGAUCUGAGAGCAGAAGAGUGUACGAGCGACGAAGCCUGCGCCGUCGCUGGUCGUCAUACCUUCUCUUCUCCGCGUCCUGCGCAGAGCAGUCUGUUUCUUUCUCCUCUUCGUUUCUCUCUUCUACUCCUUCAACUCUGUCGUCUUCCCCUGCGUCUUCGCGCUUUCCCUCGUCUGUCUGCGAGGUGAAGCAAGUCGGGAGAACAAGAAACAGGAAAAAGGACAAACAGAGACACAAACCUCUUGCGAGUAUCGGAUUCGGAGGUCCUGAAGCUGGCGACGAUGUGGGUGAGGAGCGUGAAGAAACUCCGGGAGAGGUGUCUGAUGAGAGUUUCCUGUCUUCCAUGGGGGGGCGGACAAAGGCGCAUUCUUCGGAGCCUUUCGAAGGCGUUUUGACCAACGAAGAACUACGAGAGAUGGUGCGUCAAGGGUACAUACACCGGGAAGAUGAACGUCUUGACGAUCCCGUGUCUUCUCCUUUUCUGAUCGACGGACCUCUUUUCAAUGGUUCGAGCCCAUUCGCUUCGCCGCCGUACGGUCCGAUGACCCGCAUGGUGCCCUACAAUCGAUCCUUGAGCACAAUUCCGACAUUCGCAGAUGUGGGCAAGGCGAAUGCGACGCAGGCGAUUCCGUUCAUCAACUCGACUGCCAGCGUCGAGGAUUUUUUCGGAUUUGUGGAGAAUCGGACAGUCGACUGGGAGUUCUUCUCUCCGCCCGGUAGUCGAUUCGAGAGAACAGAGACGGGGGUCGUGAUGACUCCACCAAUCUUCCCGAACCGCGUCUAUUUCUUUUCGAGAGAAGACAUCGACGACGGAGUCUACGAUGACCCCUACGCAGAUGGGCUCGUGCGCAGUGCAGACCCAAGUUUUUUAAAUCCAGUGUCGCCAGCUCUCCGCUCUGGAAGAAGGCGAGACGAACAUCGCCGAACAGACACAGGUCAAAAACAGCGACGACGCUGGCGAAUGGAUGACGUCGAAAACGACAUCCCUCGGGGGAACUGGACCGUAAAAAAUGAUAUCUACAAGGACAUGCUCGACUCCAUCGACUGGGAAAGAGAGUGGCCUCACCACUGUGACCAGAACUACUUCAAGAGGUCGGAUGUGGCAACCCUCCUCGGUGACAAUGACAGAAAUGAAGACAGUUACUGGGACCCGCAGUUUCUUGGCGGCGUCGAUACGUACCCGAAGGCGCAUGCAGGCGGAAUGAAUUUCACUUGGCCGCUGUACUGGGUCCCCUGGCUGGCGAAGAAGUUUCCGCGGCGAGGCGGUCAGCCCAUCAAGUCCGAAAUCUUCAACUUAGGAGGCGUCGAACCUCUCCAGAUUUGGUUCUUCCCGGACGGCUGUGAGUCUUCGCACCCAGGCUUUUGUGCCGUGAAGCUGGUCUCGCGUCCAGGAUGGAACUUGCCGUUCCGCAUCAAGCUCUGGAUAAAAGGAAGCUCCGUGUGCGUCCCCCUUCCGGCAUCCUCCACUCCCGGUGGCGAGACGGCUAGAGGCGGCGAAGAGUCAGAGAGAGGCUCAGGAAGAAAACCGCGCCGACUGGAGAGACGAAAGGGCGAAGCAACGCGGUGGGCCAAGUUCAGGAGUACAGUCACAGCGGGACCGUUCAACAGAGAAGACGCCGACUACGUCGCCUACUCGCUCAGCUUCUGCAGGCUCCUCGACAAACGCAGUUUUCUCUGUCGGCCCAACCCACCUUUCCCUCCGUUCUUCCCACCUGAUUCUUCUUCUUCCUCUUCUUCCUCCUCUUCUUCCUCUUCUUCUUCCUCUUCUUCUUCAUCUUGUUCGUUUUCUUCGUCUUCUCCGAUCAUUUUCAAUCCGGAGACGGACGUGGUUUUAGGGGCAGCGGGAGACAUCGAAAUCGGUGUCGCGGUCGCUGAAGAAGACUGGGAAUGGGAUGACGGACACUGGGCAAUGGAACAAUGGCUCAAGUUGCAGUCUGCGUAUCCAGACGACUUGGAGCUCGAGACCAUUCUUCCUGCUAGCUUCACCAACAGCGACAUGUUCGAAAAUUACAAAUAUCGAGAUAUUCCCGACAAGCACUUUGCCAAGUACAUGCCUCCGAUGUUACCCCAUCUCAAUUUUACAGACGACGAGUUGGAGCAGGUGUAUUCUUUUCCUCGAAGGCAUGGCUAUUGAUUCGUGUUUCAUUCUUCAUAUCUCUCCGUUUUCGGUUCUCUGUUCUCCUGUUUUUCUUCUGCUUUUCUCUCGGCGUUUCUCCCGGCCUCCCCUUUCGUUUCCCUUCUGUCGCUCUUCUUUUCCUCGUCUUUCUCCUGCUUUUCUCCUUCCGUUUUUUCAGUUCGUCUGUCUUCUCGUUGCUCUCCAUUUUGCGUUUUCCUGUUUGUUUUUCUUGUCAAAGGUGUCCUGCGACAUCGCCUUCCUGUCCACCACAUAGAACGCGACUGUUUCCCCUUUCUUCGCUUCUUUAAACAUCCGUGCUUCUGUCUGUCUCUCUCCGUUCCCUGCAAUCUUGUUCGACCUCGACUCGUCAAAAGCGUUGCACAGUGACAGUCUUCUUCAGACUCGGGCGUCUUCAACACCGUACCACAUCAAGAGAUGUUUUCGCGAAACCUAGCCGUGGAGACUGCGUAGUAACAGGGCAUAUAGCGUCAGUGCACGUUUAGAUUCUUU